UCAUGGGAGGCGAGGGGGAGCUUGGGCUCCCCGUUCGGGACUGGGGGGUCUCUGGCUGCGUCUGCAAGGUCCAGAGCGGUGGGGCAACAGGCUGCUCUGCAGGGGAGCGUUGGAGCCCGGCUGGAAGCAGGGAUGAGGCUGAAGUUGAUCCCAGGAGGACUGCUGGCGAACCCUGCUCCGGUGCUGAUGGAGCCCGCUGUUUCCCUGCCCUGCUGCCUGGUAGACUCUCUCCUCUUCCUUCUUCUCAGCUCCUUUGCACAGGUGUCAGCCCAGUUUACAGUGGUGGGACCCGAGGAUCCAAUCCUGGUCCUGGUAGGAGAAAACGUCACUCUGAGCUGCCACUUGGUCCCGGAAAGAAACGCGCAGGACAUGGAGGUGCGCUGGAUCCGCUCUCAGCUCUCCCCCGCAGUGCUGGUGUAUAAGGGUGGGCAGGAGCGGCCUGAGGAGCAGCUGGCAGAGUACCAAGGGCGAACCACCUUUGUGAGCGAAGACAUCCAGCGGGGCAUCGUGGCACUGGUCAUACACAAUGUCACCGCCCACGAGAACGGCCUGUACCGCUGUUAUUUCCAAGAAGGCAGGUCCUAUGAGGAGGCCGUCAUGCGUGUGAUUGUGGCAGGCAUGGGCUCGCCACCCCUCAUUGAAAUGAAGGAGCACGAAGAUGGGGGCAUCCGGCUGGAGUGCACGUCUGUAGGCUGGUACCCAGAGCCUCGAGCUGUAUGGCGGGACCCCUAUGGUGACCCGGUGCCUGCCCUGGAGGAGGCCUACACUGUGGAUACCAAUGGCCUCUUCACCGUCACUCUGUCUGUGAUCAUCAGAGACUGUGCCGUGCGGAACAUGACCUGUUCGGUCAACAACACCCUUCUUGACCAGGAAAAGGAAAGUGUAAUUUUUAUUCCUGAGCCCUUCGUGCCACCCAGGUCCUCUGCCUGGUUGCUGGUCCUGCUAGCCGCCCUGCCAGCUCUGCUGCUGCUGCUCCUCAUCGCCUGCAGCAUCUGCCUCAUCAAGAAACUCCACCAGGAGAAAGAGAUCCUGCCCAUGGAAAAAGAGGAGGAAAGUGAAGAGAUAGAUAAUGCAGAGCAACUUCAAGAAGAGCUGCGCUGGAGAAGAUCUCUCUUAAACGCAGCUGAUGUAGUCCUGGACCCAGACACAGCUCAUCCUGAGCUCUUCCUGUCAGAGGACCGGAGAAGCGUGAGGCGGGGACCCACCAGGCAGAGUGUGCCUGACAACCCAGAACGAUUUGACUGUAGGCCUUGUGUCUUGGGUCAGGAGAGUUUCUCCUCGGGGAAGCAUUUCUGGGAGGUGGAGGUUGAAAAUGUGAUGGUAUGGGCUGUGGGGGUUUGUCAAGACAGUGUUGACAGGAAAGGAGAGGCUCUCCUGGUUCCUCAGAAUGGCUUCUGGACCCUGGAGAUGUUUGGAAGCCAGUAUCGGGUGCUCAACAACCCUGAGAAGAUCCUCCCGCUGAGAGAGCGUCUCCGCAGGGUUGCCAUCUUCCUGGACUACGAAUCUGGAGACAUCUCCUUCUACAACAUGCGGGACAGAUCACACCUCUAUACUUGUCCCCGGUCCCCCUUCUCUGGGCCCCUGAGACCCUUCUUCAGGCUGGGCUCUGAUGAUAGUCCCCUCUUCAUCUGUCCAGCCUUGACUGGGGCCCAGGGCAUCACCGUGCCUGAAGCUGGCUUGAUCCUUCAUCGAACUGGGACUCAGCACUACCAGCAGGCCCAGUUCCUCAACCCCAAUGCCCCAUUCUUCAGUCUGAGAGCCCCUUAGAGUCUCCCCAACAAUAGCACAGCACCCCUGGAGAACACUGACCCUCUACUCUGGUCAUAUCAGAGCCCCUCCUCCAAAAAACCCCUGUGUGGGCUCCAGGCCCCCCUCAUUAAGCUGGUGUCUGAGUCUCUCAUUUGCAUGAUCCUGGGUCAGGAGAUGGACCCAGGAGCACAUUAGUGCUGCCAGCCAAGAGGAAAGUGUGAGAAGUGCCAGGGAGGUGAAAACCUGCUGCUUCCACAUCAGACACUCAACCUGAUACUUGGGGUGACAUCAGACACUGAGAACAACAGUACACACAGGGAUGGAAGGAGGGGGAGGGUGUUGGGAUAAUUACAACGGAGCUCAGAGAUAGAAGCU